AUGACAUAUGCCGAGAGGAAGGCAGCAAGAGAGGCACUACCGAAACCGACCUACAAGAUCCGGAAGGGCAAGAAGGACAUUACCGAAUACCCCGCCAAGGCCGAUCCUCAGUCACGACGGGCUCGUUUCUACGAUCCCGAGUCCAAGUUUGGCAAGAAGAGCUUGGUGUACAAACUCAAGACCGGCUACCUGGAUGAGGAUGUGAAGGAGGCGCUGGUGCGUGAAACUGGAAAGGCACCUUGGAAGGAGAACGAGGCCAGGUCAUCUGGGAAGAAGUCUGCUUCAAAGCCUGCGUCCAAAUUCAACAAGGACCUCUUGGAUCCAGCAGACUUUCAUGCGGCCUUUGCGGGAGGUUCAUCAUCAGAGCCCGCCAAGUCUGAGAAGCCCAUCGACGAAGUGAACCACGGAGAGAGGGCUUCAGCAGACAACCCCGCGAAUUCGGGCGGGAGCCACGGAGGGACGGCUUCAGCAGAGAACCCCGCGAAUUCGGGCGGGAACCACGGAGGGACGGCUUCAGCAGAGAACCCCCGUGAUGACGACAAUGGGUUCAGGAGGCUUCGGGAGGAGCGGACUGUGGAAAUCAAUGAGGAGCUCCGCGACGCCGUCGAUGAACCAUUCCCAGAGCCCAGUGAACCUAGAAGGGACUUCAGGGUCUCCCGCAGCGAACGCAGGGACCAAAGACCUGAAAGAAGGGACUCCUUCAGAGACACUCGCAGCAGCACCCGGGAACGGAGAGAGACCGACAGAACCCCUCGCAGGGAAUUAUUCAGGGAUAACGACAGGGAAGAAACAACGCCAAAGUCACUAUCCAUCCCCUAUACCACCGCGGCCUCGCAGUUCCUGUACGGCACUUCAGUGGUAGAGGCGGCUCUUCAGGCGGCCAGACGCAAGCUUUACAAGCUCUACAUCUACGCCGGAGCCAACCGUGAGAAGCUGGCCAAGGACGCCGCCAUCCAAAAGCUCGCUCAGAGGAACAAGGUCGAGAUCGUUUUCGUCAACGAAGACGGUCUAAAGAUGAUGGACAAGAUGAGCGGAUCCCGCCCGCACAACGGUUACAUCCUGGAAGCGUCCCCGCUCCCACAACCACCUGUGAUCUCCUUGGGAGAGGUCGUUGAGGCCGAGACCGGGCAGGGGACUACCGGUUAUAAGGUUGUCUUGGGCCACCAAUCGCACGAGGAGGCCCUCAUCAACGGCAAAUCCGAUUUUGUCUCUGCGUCCAGCACCACUCACAAGCCCUUGGUUGUCGUGGUAGAUCAGAUUUUGGAUCCCGGUAACCUCGGUGCCAUCCUCCGCAGCGUCAGCUUUCUAGGCGCCACCGCUGUUGCCAUUACCAAGAGGGAAUCGGCGUCCAUGACCCCGGUCGCUCUCAAGGCCUCUGCGGGCGCAUCCGAGUCGCUCGCUCUCUUCUCCGUCGGCCACCUUCCCAAGUUCCUUCAGGACUCGAGGGAGAACGGUUGGCUGGUCUAUGCGGCCGUCCCGCGCACCAGCGGCUCUGGAAACCUGCAGAAGCACCUGGACCUUCAUGAGAUCGAGGAAAUCGAUCCUUUGCGCACAAACCCCUGCAUUCUCCUUCUCGGUAGCGAAGGCGAGGGUCUUCCUGGACAAAUCAAGAGCAAGGCGGACUAUGAGGUCAACAUUCCCAACAUGUCGGGUGGCACGGUGAUCGACAGCUUGAACGUCAGCGUUGCGGCGGGCUUGCUUACCUCGGCCUUCAUGAAGGGACAGGUGAAGUCGGAGUUUGAGCAGUUUAAGGUUCAGGAGGAGAAGUCGCAUCUUUGGUAA